CGGAAGCGGGAGUAGGUGCGUGGCUGACAGGAUUCUGAAGGUCCGGCCGCGGGAGAAGGCGAGAGUAACCGGGAUUUGGCCUGCCGCCACCGCCGCCUCCAGAGGUCCCACUUUCGUCGUCCAAGUGCAGCGGUAAUGAUGUGUAUCCUGAAAUUCUGAACCAUGAGUCUAGCACUUAAUGAUCUGCUUAUUUGCUGCCGUCAACUCGAACAUGAUAGAGCUACAGAACGAAAGAAAGAAAUUGAGAAAUUUAAGCACCUAAUUCGAGAUCCUGAAACAGUUAAACAUUUAGAUCGGCAUUCAGAUUCCAAACAAGGAAAAUAUUUAAAUUGGGAUGCUGUUUUUAGAUUUUUACAGAAAUAUAUUCAGAAAGAAACAGAAUGUCUGAGAACAGCAAAACCAAAUGUAUCAGCCUCAACACAAGCCUCCAGGCAGAAAAAGAUGCAAGAAAUCAGUAGUUUGGUCAAAUACUUCAUCAAAUGUGCUAAUAAAAGAGCACCUAGGCUAAAAUGCCAAGAACUCUUGAUUUAUAUCAUGGAUACAGUGAAAGAUUCAUCUAAUGGUGCCAUUUAUGGAGCUGAUUAUAGCAACAUACUGCUCAAAGACAUUCUUUCUGUGAGAAAAUACUGGUGUGAAAUAUCUCAGCAACAGUGGCUAGAAUUGUUCUCUGUGUACUUCAAGCUGUAUCUCAAACCUUCACAAGACGUCAAUAGAGUUUUAGUGGCUAGAAUAAUUCAUGCUGUGACCAAAGGAUGCUGUUCGCAAACUGAUGGAUUAAAUUCCAAAUUUUUGGAUUUUUUCCCCAAGGCUAUUCAGUGUGCAAGACAAGAAAAGAGCUUUGCAGGUCUAAAUCAUAUCUUAGCAGCCCUUAUUAUCUUCCUCAAGACUUUGGCUGUCAACUUUCGAAUUCGAUUGUGUGAAUUAGGAGAUGAAAUUCUUCCUACCUUGCUUUAUAUUUGGACUCAGCAUAGACUUAAUGAUUCCUUAAAAGAAGUAAUUAUUGAAUUAUUUCAACUGCAAAUUUAUAUCCAUCAUCCAAAAGGAGCCAAAACCCAAGAAAAAGGUGCUUAUGGAUCGACAAAAUGGCAAAGUAUUUUAUAUAACUUAUAUGAUCUGCUAGUGAACGAGAUAAGUCAUAUAGGAAGUAGAGGAAAAUAUUCUUCAGGAUCUCGUAAUAUUGCUGUCAAAGAAAAUUUGAUUGAAUUGAUGGCUGAUAUUUGUCACCAGGUUUUUAAUGAAGACACCAAAUCCUUGGAGAUUUCUCAGUCAUAUAUCAUUACGCAAAGAGAAUCUAGUGAUUACAUUGCACCUUGCAAAAGGAGGAAAAUAGAACUAGGCUGGGAAGUAAUAAAAGAUCAUCUUCAGAAGUCACAGAGUGAUUUUGAUCUUGUGCCUUGGCUACAGAUUACAGCUCAAUUAAUAUCAAAGUAUCCUGUGAGUUUACCUAACUGUGAGCUAUCUCCAUUACUGAUGAUACUGUACCAGCUUCUACCUCAACAGCGACGUGGGGAACGCACACCAUAUGUACUACGAUGCCUUAUGGAAGUUGCAUUGUGUCAAGGCAAGAAAUCAGACCUAGAAAGCUCACAAAAGUCAGAUUUAUCGAAACUCUGGAAUAAAAUUUGGUCAAUUACCUUACGUGGUUUAAGUUCUGAACAAAUACAAGCUGAAACCUUUGGCUUACUUGGAGCCAUAAUUCAAGGUGGUUUAGUUGAGGUUGACAAAGACUUCUGGAAGUUAUUUACUGGGUCAGCUUGCAGACCUUCAUGUCCUGCAGUACGCUGUUUGACUUUGGCACUGACCAUCAGUGUAGUUCCAGAAACAGUAAAAAUGGGAAUAGAGCAAAAUAUAUGUGAAGUAAAUAGAAGUUUUUCUUUAAAGGAAUCGAUUAUGAAAUGGCUCUUAUUCUAUCAGUUAGAGAAUGACUUAGAAGAUAGUGCAAAACUGCCUCCAAUUCUUCACAGCAAUUUUCCUCAUCUCUUAGUGGAGAAAAUUCUUGUGAGUCUCACUAUGAAAAACUGUAAAGCUGCAAUGAAUUUUUUCCAAAGUGUGCCAGAAUGUGAACAACACCAAAAAGAUGAAGAACCUUCAUUCUCAGAAGUAGAAGAACUGUUUCUUCAGACAACUUUUGACAAGAUGAACUUUUUAACCAAUGUGAAAGAAUGUGCUAUAGAAAAGCACCAAUCCAGUAUUGGCUUUUCUGUCCACGAAAAUCUCAGGGAAUCACUGGAUCGUUAUCUUCUGGGAUUAUCAGAACAGCUUCUAAAUAACUACUCAUCUGAGAUUACAAAUUCAGAAACGCUUGUCCGGUGUUCAAGUCUUUUGGUGGGUGUUCUUGGCUGCUACUGUUAUGUGGGUGUAAUAGCCGAAGAGGAAGCAUAUAAGUCAGAAUUAUUCCAGAAAGCCAAGUCUCUAAUGCAAUGUGCAGGAGAAAGUAUCACUCUGUUUAAAAAUAAGACAAAUGAGGAAUCUAGAAUUGGUUCAUUGAGAAAUAUGAUGCAUCUAUGUACAAGUUGCUUGUGCAACUGUACCCAGAAGAAUCCAAAUAAGAUUGCUUCUGGCUUUUUCCUGCGUUUGUUAACAUCAAAACUGAUGAAUGACAUUGCAGAUAUUUGUAAAAGUUUAGCAACCCUUAUCAAAAAGCCAUUUGACCAUGGAGACGUAGAAUCAAUGGAAGAUGAUACUAAUGGAAAUCUAAUAGAGGUAGAGGAUCAGUCAUCCAUGAAUCUAUUUAAUGAUUACCCUGCUAGCAGUGUUAGUGAUGCAAAUGAAUCUGGAGAGAGCCAAAGUACUAUAGGUGCCAUGAAUCCUUUAGCUGAAGAAUAUCUGUCAAAGCAAGAUCUGCUCUUUUUAGAUAUGCUCAAAUGCUUGUGUUUGUGUGUAACUACUGCUCAGACCAAUACUGUGUCAUUUAGGGCAGCUGAUAUUCGGAGGAAACUGUUAAUGUUAAUUGAUUCUAGCACUCUAGACCCUACUAAAUCCCUCCACCUACAUAUGUAUUUGGUGCUUUUAAAGGAGCUUCCUGGAGAAGAGUAUCCCUUGCCAAUGGAAGAUGUUGUUGAACUUCUGAAACCACUAUCCAAUGUGUGCUCCUUGUAUCGUCGUGACCAAGAUGUUUGUAAAACGAUUUUAAACCAUGCCCUUCAUAUAGUGGCAAACCUAGGUCAAGGAAGUAUGGACUCUGAGAACACAAGAGAUGCUCAAGGACAGUUUCUUACAGUGAUUGGAGCAUUUUGGCAUCUAACAAAGGAAAGGAAAUGCACAUUCUCUGUAAGAAUGGCACUAGUAAAAUGUCUCAAAACUUUGCUCGAGGCCGAUCCUUAUUCAAAAUGGGCUAUUCUUAAUGUAAUGGGAAAAGACUUUCCUGUAAAUGAAGUAUUUCCACAAUUUCUUGCUGAUAAUCAUCACCAAGUUCGCAUGUUAGCUGCAGAGUCAAUCAAUAGAUUAUUCCAGGAUACAAAAGUAGGCGAAUCUUCCAGGUUAUCGAAGGCUCUUCCUUUGAAGCUUCAGCAAACAGCUUUUGAAAAUGCAUACUUGAAAGCUCAGGAAGGAAUGAGAGAAGUGUCCCACAGUGCUGAGAACCCUGAACUUUUGGAUGAGAUUUAUAAUAGAAAAUCUGUUUUACUGAUGUUGAUAGCUGUGAUUUUACACUGUAGCCCUGUUUGCGAAAAACCAGCUUUGUUUGCCCUAUGCAAAUCUGUGAAAGAGAAUGGAUUAGAACCUCACCUUGUAAAAAAGGUUUUAGAGAAAAUUUCUGAAACUUUUGGAUAUAAACAUUUAGAAGACUUCAUGGCAUCUCAUUUAGAUUAUCUGGUUUUGGAAUGGCUAAAUCUUGAAGAUACCGAAUAUAGUUUAUCUUCUUUUCCUUUUAUUUUACUAAACUACACAAAUGUUGAUGAUUUUUAUAGAUCUUGUUAUAAAGUUUUGAUUCCACAUCUGGUGAUUAGAAGUCAUUUUGAUGAGGUGAAGUCUAUUGCAAAUCAGAUUCAAGAGGAUUGGAAAAGUCUUCUAACAGACUGCUUUCCAAAGAUUCUUGUAAAUAUUCUUCCUUAUUUUGCCUAUGAGUGUACAGGAGACAGUGGAAUGGCACAGCAAAGAGAGACUGCUACCAAGGUCUAUGAUAUGCUCAAAAGUGAAAACUUACUGGGAAAACAGAUUGAUCAUUUAUUCAUUAGUAAUUUACCAGAGAUUGUGGUGGAGUUAUUGAUGACAUUACAUGAACCAGCAAAUUCUGGUGCCAGCCAAAGCACUGACUUCUGUGACUUUUCAGGGGAUUUGGAUCCUGCUCCUAAUCCACCUCAUUUUCCAUCACAUGUGAUUAAAGCAACAUUUGCCUAUAUCAGUAAUUGUCAUAAAACCAAGCUUAAAAGCAUUCUAGAAAUUCUUUCCAAAAGCCCUGACUCCUAUCAGAAAAUUCUUCUAGCCAUAUGUGAGCAAGCAGCUGAGACAAAUAAUGUUUAUAAAAAGCACAGAAUUCUUAAAAUAUAUCACCUAUUUGUUAGUUUAUUACUGAAAGAUUUAAAAAGUGGCUUAGGAGGAGCUUGGGCCUUUGUUCUUCGAGACAUUAUUUAUACUUUGAUUCACUAUAUCAACAAAAGGCCUUCUCAUUUCAUGGAUGUGUCAUUACGUAGUUUCUCCCUUUGUUGUGACCUAUUAAGUCGGGUUUGCCAGACAGCAGUGACUUACUGUAAGGAUGCUUUAGAAAAUCAUCUUCAUGUUAUUGUUGGUACACUUAUACCCCUUGUGGGUGAUCAGACGGAGGUUCGGGAACAGGUAUUGGACUUGUUGAAAUACUUAGUGAUAGAUAACAAGGAUAAUGAAAACCUCUAUCUCACGAUAAAACUUUUAGAUCCUUUUCCUGACCAUGUUGUUUUUAAGGAUUUACGUAUUACUCAGCAGAAAAUCAAAUAUAGUAGAGGAUCCUUUUCACUCUUGGAGGAAAUUAACCAUUUUCUCUCAGUAAGUGUUUAUGAUGCACUUCCAUUGACAAGGCUUGAAGGAUUGAAGGAUCUUCGAAGACAGCUGAAACAACAUAAAGAACACAUGAUGGAUCUUAUGAGAGCAUCUCAGGAUAACCCACAAGAUGGCAUUAUGGUGAAGCUAGUUGUCAAUUUGUUGCAGUUAUCCAAGAUGGCGAUAAACCACACUGGCGAAAGAGAAGUUUUAGAGGCUGUUGGAAGCUGCUUGGGAGAAGUGGGUCCUAUAGAUUUUUCUACCAUAGCUAUACAGCAUAGUAAAGAUACAUCUUAUACCAAGGCUCUUGAGUUAUUUGAAGAUAGAGAACUUCAGUGGACCUUCAUAAUGCUUACCUACCUGAAUAACACACUGGUAGAAGAUUGUGUCAAAGUUCGAUCAGCGGCUGUUACCUGUCUGAAAAACAUUUUAGCCACAAAGACUGGACAUAGUUUCUGGGAGAUUUAUAAGAUGACAACAGAUCCCAUGCUGACCUAUCUACAGCCUUUCAGAACAUCAAGAAAAAAGUUUUUAGAAGUACCCAGAUUUGAUAAUGAAAACCCUUUAGAAGGCCUGGAUGAUACAAAUCUUUGGAUUCCUCAAAGUGAAAAUCAUGACGCUUGGAUAAAGACACUGACUUGUGCUUUUUUGGACAGUGGAGGCACAAAAAGUGAAAUUCUUCAAUUAUUAAAGCCAAUGUGUGAAGUGAAAGCUGACUUUUGUCAGACUGUGCUUCCAUACUUGAUACAUGAUAUUUUACUCCAAGACACAGAUGAAUUAUGGAGAAAUCUGCUUUCUAAACAUGUUCAGGGAUUUUUCACCAGCUGUUUUAGACACUCCUCACAAACGAGCCGAUCCACAACUCCUGCAAAUUUGGAUUCAGAGUCAGAGCAUGUUUUCCGAUGCUGUUUGAAUAAAAAAUCACAAAGAACAAUGCUUGCUGUUGUGGACUACAUGAGAAGACAAAAGAGACCUUCUUUAGGAACAGUUUUUGAUGAUGCUUUCUGGCUGGAUUUGAAUUAUCUAGAGGUUGCCAAGGUGGCUCAGUCUUGCGCUGCUCACUUUACAGCAUUACUCUAUGCAGAAAUCUAUGCAGAUAAGAAAAGCAUGGAUGAUCAAGACAAAAGAAGUCUUACAUUUGAAGAUGCAAGCCAGAGUACAACUAUUUCUAGUUUGAGUGAAAAAAGUAAAGAAGAAACUGGAAUAAGUUUACAGGAUCUUCUCUUAGAAAUCUACAGAAGUAUAGGAGAGCCAGAUAGUCUGUAUGGCUGUGGUGGAGGGAAAAUGCUACAACCCCUUACCAGACUACGAACAUAUGAACAUGAAGCAAUGUGGGGGAAAGCCCUAGUAACAUAUGACCUGGAGACAGCAAUCUCUUCAUCAACCCGCCAGGCAGGAAUAAUUCAGGCCUUGCAGAAUUUGGGACUCUGCCAUAUUCUUUCCAUCUAUUUAAAAGGAUUAGAUUAUGAAAAUAAAGAAUUGUGUGCUGAACUACAGGAACUUCGUUACCAAGCAGCAUGGAGGAAUAUGCAGUGGGACCAGUGUUUGCCUCUCAAAGAAAUAGAAGGAACCAAUUACCAUGAAUCAUUGUACAAUGCUCUGCAGUCUUUAAGAGACAGAGAAUUCUCCACAUUUUAUGAAAGUCUCAAAUAUGCCAGAGUAAAAGAAGUAGAAGAGUUGUGUAAGGGCAGCCUUGAGUCUGUGUAUUCACUCUACCCCACGCUUAGCAGACUGCAGGCUAUUGGAGAGCUGGAAAACAUUGGUGAGCUUUUCUCAAGAUCCAUCACGGAUGGACAGCUCUCUGAAGUAUAUGUUAAGUGGCGGCAACACUCCCAGCUUCUCAAGGACAGUGAUUUUAGUUUUCAGGAGCCUAUCAUGGCUCUACGCACAGUCAUUUUGGAGAUCCUGAUUGAAAAGGAAAUGGAGAACUCCCAGAAAGAACGUUUUAAGGACAUUCUUACCAAGCACCUUGUAGAAUUAUCUCUACUGGCCCGAACUUUCAAGAACACUCAGCUCCCUGAAAGGGCAGUAUUUCAAAUUAAACAGUAUAAUUCAGCUAGUCAUGGAGUCUCUGAGUGGCAACUGGAGGAAGCACAAGUAUUCUGGGCAAAAGAGGAGCAGAGUCUUGCCCUGAGUAUACUCAAACAAAUGAUCAAGAAGUUGGAUGUCAGCUAUACAAAGGAUGAUCCUGCCGUAAAACCUAUAUACACAGAAUGUCUGAGAAUUUGUGGCAACUGGUUAGCAGAAACUUGCGUAGAAAGUCCUGCAGUCAUUAUGCAGACCUAUCUAGAAAAGGCAGUGGAAGUUGCUGGAGAAAGCAAUGAUGAGCUAAGAAAUGGAAAAAUGAAGGCAUGUCUCUCAUUAGCCCGGUUCUCAGAUACUCAGUACCAGAGAAUUGAAAACUACAUGAAAUCAUCAGAAUUUGAAAACAAGCAAGCUCUCCUGAAAAGGGCCAAAGAGGAAGUGGGCCUCCUUAGGGAACAUAAAAUUCAGACCAACAGAUACACAGUAAAGGUUCAGCGAGAGCUGGAGCUGGAUGAAUGUGCACUCCGUGCAUUGAAAGAGGAUCGUAAACGCUUCUUAUGUAAAGCAGUUGAAAAUUACAUCAACUGCUUAUUAAGUGGAGAAGAACAUGAUAUGUGGGUAUUUCGACUUUGUUCCCUCUGGCUUGAAAAUUCUGGAGUUUCUGAAGUCAAUGGCAUGAUGAAGAGAGAGGGAAUGAAGAUUCCAUCAUAUAAAUUUUUGCCUCUUAUGUACCAAUUGGCUGCUAGAAUGGGGACCAAAAUGAUGGGAGGCCUAGGAUUUCAUGAAGUCCUCAAUAAUCUCAUCUCUAGAAUUUCAAUAGAUCACACCCAUCAUACUUUGUUUAUUAUAUUGGCCUUAGCAAAUGCAAACAAAGAUGAAUUUUUGACCAAACCAGAGGCAGCAAGAAGGAGUAGAAUAACUAAAAAUGCACCUAAACAAAGCUCUCAGCUUGAUGAGGAUCGAAUGGAGGCUGCAAACAAAAUAAUACGUACUAUCAGAAGUAAGAGACCUCAGAUGGUCAGAAGUAUUGAGGCACUUUGUGAUGCUUAUAUUAUAUUAGCAAACUUAGAUGCCACUCAGUGGAAGACUCAGAGAAAAGGCAUAAGUAUUCCAACAGAUCAACCAAUUACUAAACUUAAGAAUUUAGAAGAUGUUGUUGUACCUACUAUGGAAAUUAAGGUGGAUCCCACAGGAGAAUAUGGAAAUCUGGUGACUAUACAAUCAUUUAAAGCAGAAUUUCGUUUAGCAGGAGGUUUAAAUUUACCAAAAAUAAUAGAUUGUGUAGGCUCUGAUGGCAAGGAAAGGAGACAGCUUGUUAAGGGCCGAGAUGACCUAAGACAAGAUGCUGUCAUGCAGCAGGUUUUCCAGAUGUGUAAUACAUUACUGCAGAGAAACACUGAAACUAGGAAGAGGAAAUUGACUAUCUGCACAUAUAAGGUGGUUCCCCUCUCUCAGAGAAGUGGUGUUCUUGAAUGGUGCACGGGAACUGUCCCUAUUGGUGAAUUUCUUGUUAACAAUGAAGAUGGUGCUCAUAAAAGAUACAGGCCAAAGGAUUUUAGUGCCUAUCAAUGCCAAAAGAAAAUGAUGGAGGUGCAAAAGAAGUCUUUUGAAGAGAAAUAUGAAACCUUCAUGGAUAUUUGCCAAAAUUUUCAACCAGUUUUCCGUUACUUCUGCAUGGAAAAAUUCUUGGACCCGGCUGUUUGGUUCGAGAAGCGAUUGGCUUAUACUCGCAGUGUGGCCACUUCUUCUAUUGUUGGUUACAUACUAGGACUUGGUGAUAGACAUGUACAGAAUAUCUUGAUAAAUGAACAGUCAGCAGAACUUGUACAUAUAGAUUUAGGUGUUGCUUUUGAGCAGGGUAAAAUCCUUCCUACUCCUGAAACAGUUCCUUUUAGACUUACCAGGGAUAUUGUGGAUGGCAUGGGUAUUACAGGUGUUGAAGGUGUCUUCAGAAGAUGCUGUGAAAAAACCCUGGAAGUUAUGAGAAACUCUCAGGAAACUCUGUUAACCAUUGUAGAGGUCCUCCUGUAUGAUCCGCUCUUUGACUGGACCAUGAAUCCUUUGAAAGCUUUGUAUUUACAGCAGAGGCCCGAAGAUGAAACUGAGCUCCACUCCACUCUGAAUGCAGAUGACCAAGAGUGCAAAAGAAACCUUAGUGAUAUUGACCAGAGUUUCAACAAAGUAGCUGAACGUGUCUUGAUGAGACUGCAAGAGAAACUGAAAGGAGUGGAAGAAGGCACUGUGCUCAGUGUGGGUGGACAGGUGAAUUUGCUCAUACAGCAGGCCAUGGACCCCAAAAAUCUCAGCAGACUCUUCCCAGGAUGGAAAGCUUGGGUAUGAUCUUCAGCAUAUGAAUUACCUUAAAUUCAACCUUUCGAAAUUUUAUUUCAGCCUUCAUUUUUAACCUACCCAUGAACUUUGAAUAGGGAUUAAUAUUUAACUAAGUGAACAACUGUGAGGUUUUUUUCUAAUUGAUUCUUAGUACUUGAUUUAAUCACUGCCCAAGAUGCUUUGAUAGUUUCAAGGAACAUCUCUGCUCUCACUCUUUAGCAAUAAUUGUUUUGUUGGAGGGGAAGGGUUUAGGUAUCUAGUAUAGUACAUGUAGCUGGAAAUGGAACAAUUUUCUGUCCCUCAUGCUGUCAUCACAAGAGAUAAACAUCAGAUAAAAGACUACUUCAAAGUAAAAUGACUGAUAUAUGUGUUAGUAUAAUCUCUCCUCCAUCCUUAGGAAAAUGUCCAUCCCUGCUACAGAGAUUAAGAAAUGGGUGGUUGAACUUUCCCCUUAUUUGUAGCUUGAAGGUUAUGUAAACACUUUUUUAUGCAUAGUUGGCAUGUCUUUUUACUGCCAGUGGCAAGUACUUGCUCAUAUCUGAUCUCCCUACCUUGCCCUCCCCCAAAACCAAUCUGCAGAACUUUUUGGACUAUAAAUUUUUUGGUUUGAUAUCUGGAGAACUGUUCUGAAAGUUAUUUUGCAUUUCAAAUUACAAACGAUGUAUCUUUUUCUUAAAAGCUACCUACAUGAAUAUUUGCUAUAAGUAUAGUUUUAUUACUGUCAUAAAUCAAGGGAAUACAAUAAAUUUAGAAUAUCUUUAAGAAAGCCUUGAAAUCUUCCUGAAUGGAAUUAGAAAUUAUCAGCUAGAUGAUAGUAUAGUGAAAUGAAUUCAUAGCUAAUUCUUGCUAGUUGAUGCAUCCAAAGAACUUUGCAUAACAUCAUUAAUCCGCUCUUUAGUUUUGAAUGAUGUGCCAUAGGGCUCCUGUUCUAUUCAAAUGUUCUUAUCAAUGGCUUCAAAAAAUUUGCCAAAUUUGCAUGCAGAUAACAAACCUAGGAGAAAUAGCUGAUUCACAGAUGACAGAAUUAAGAUUAUAAAAGGUUUUGACAUGCCGGAAUAUUGUCUGGAAAUGACGAAGAUAUAAAAUUACCGGGAACAAAUCCUUACAACGUCUUACAACAAAACCUUGCAAGAUUAGUCAUGUUAUCCCAAUUUACAACUGCUACAGAAAGCAGUUUAGAGAAAUAAGGUAACUUGUCCAAGGCUAGAAGAUAGUAAAUUGUAGGUACAAGUACAAGUGUAAUAUGGACAAUCUCUAAUUCGAAAAGAUUUCAGGUGAAAAGAAUCUGAAGUUCACCAGUUAGUUGUUCACAAGGUCAGUGAAAACCAAAUAGAGAAGCUGCUAGAAAAGCUAAUAAACUGUAGACUGCUUUGAUCAGUCAUGUCCAGAUUAAGGGAUAUAAUAGCCUUCCUUCCAUGCUCUGUGCUGGUCAUACCCUCCCCAAAGUAGUAUAUACUUAAAAUGUAUGCACUUAGAAAUGCUAAAAAUUUAAAUAUGGUCUAAAGCAAAUAAAAGCAAAGAGGAAAAACUUUGGACAUCUUAAAGAUUAGAAUAAACUAGUCUUUUAAAAAGUAGAAAGCCACUAUACUGGUUUUGAAAUGUAGAGAUGCAUGCCAUUUCAAGUAUUUUGAUUGUACUUUAAUGGAUUUAUAUAUUUUGUGUAGAUUUAUUUUAAUACUAUUGAAUGUAUUUCUUUACUACACUGUUACCUGAAUUUAUUACAAAACGUUUUUGAAUAAAUAACUCUAAAAG